CACAGUCGCGUCAGGAGACAACACAGAUACAAACCAUCAGACCCAUGUGCAGCUGAACUCUGGUAGAUCCUGAGAGCGGGGACUUCUCUGAAUAGAGGAGGUCUUUAUAUGGCCCACACCGAGUGAACGCCACUGUGAAUAGACGAUCUCUGGCUCCAGCAGCCAUACUGACAGUGGCUGUGACAGAUGAAGGCUCAGGACUAAAGACUGUAAAUAAAGACGCUGCUGCUGUCCACUGACUCACAGACAACAGACAUGACCGACUUCACCGCGCUUCUACUGCAGGAGAGCGUCUGACGGGAGGAACCACACCGGCAGACACACACAGCAGACAGCGGCUGUGUGGCGGUGUCCGCUCGGCCGCGACGUGUAACAGACCGACAGGUAUGUCCUCAUCCGCGGGGAAAAAGAAGCACGUUCGGUUCGCCAGCAUGGAGGAGGAGGAGGACAACGAGCAGGAGGAGGACACCCUGUUCGACAAGAGGAAGGACGGCGGCUCCGGGCGGGGACUGAAGAGCGCGCUGAAGGCGGCCAAGAGGGCGACGAACCCGGGAUGCGACGACCGGGUGCAGGUGGUCGGCGGAGGGAGGGGCGGGUCCGGAGCGUGCGGCCGCUGGAUGGUCACCCUGGUCCUCUCCGCUUCCUUCCUGGGCCUGGGGAUGAGUAUCUCAGUUCUUGGCCCCACGUUUGAAGACCUGGCUGUGAAUGUGAAGAAGAACAUCAGCAACCUGUCCUACAUCUUCGUCGGUCGCUCUGCGGGAUACAUAGGAGGAUCCCUCUUAGGGGGCCUUCUCUUCGAUUACAUGAGCCCCCACCUGCUGCUUGGUUUAUCGAUGCUGGUCACGUCCUUUGGAAUGUGUGCGAUCCCGUUCUGUACGCAGGCCUUGUUCCUCACCCUGCUCAUGUCCAGCAUCGGGAUGUCUAUGGGUGUUCUGGACACAGGUGGGAAUGUGCUCAUCCUGAAGACCUGGGGUGAGCAGGGAGGCCCUCACAUGCAGGCUCUGCACUUCAGCUUUGCUGCUGGGGCCUUUGUGUCUCCAAUCAUAGCAAAGAUGCUGUUUGGGCCAGAUGGAAACAGCAGCAUGGGACCCACACCCACCAAUUCAACACCUCCUGCCACCCCAGAACAAGUCCCCACCGUCUCCGAUGCUCACACAUUCGUCAGCUUCAUCCACAGCAGGAGCAUCACCCUCAAGUCCAUGUGGGCCUACAUUGUGAUUGGCUCUUUUGUCGGUCUCAUGUCGUUACUCUUCUUCUUCCUCUACACCCGCAGCAGCAUGUCCCGGGACAAAGCUCGCACGUCGUCAGGAAAGCCCCUGGUGGCCAAACACCACACCGCUCUUGUUGUCCUGCUCUUCUUCUUUUUCUUUGGCUACGUAGGUGCUGAGGUGGCAUACGGGACCUUCAUCUACAACUUCGCCAAGGACUACGCACACAUGCAACAGUCGCAGGCAGCCGGUUUGAACUCGUUGUUCUGGGCAACGUUUGCUGCCUGUCGAGGGCUUGCCAUCUUCUUUGCGGCGUGUGUGUACCCGGGGACCCUGAUCCUGUUGAGCCUGGUGGGCUCCACCAUCUCCUCGCUGCUCCUCUGCCUCUUCAGCAGGGAGAAAGUGGUCUUGUGGGUUUGCACUGGUCUCUAUGGAGCCUCCAUGGCCACGACCUUCCCCAGUGGCAUCUCCUGGAUGGAGCAGUACACCACAGUGACGGGCAACACAGCAGCAGUGUUUGUGGUGGGCUCAGCACUGGGUGAGAUGGUGCUGCCCGCUCUUGUAGGCUUCCUGGGAAAGUUCUACCAUUACCCCUUACUGAUGUACCUGUCACUCAUCACCGCCACCUUCACCUCCAUCCUCUUCCCUGUCAUGUACAAGCUGGCCUCUGCCCCAAAUGGCCAGAGCAGGAAACCCCGCACCACGGGUCGACCCGAAGCCGACGACAGCGAAUUCCGUCAGGCGCUGCUGGAUUCAGGAGCCAAUGAUGAAGAGGAGGAGGAGGAGCCAGACAUGGAGGCGGAUCAGUGGAAUGAUGCAGACUUUGAGGUGAUUGAGAUGGACGACACAGCGAGUCUCCUGAGUUCACCCAGCAAGGCUUCGUCUCCCCCCGAUGUCAGCGGUGUGAUGGAGCCUCUGUCCGCAGGGGCAGCCUCCCCCUCAGACUCCAUCUCGCUGGUCGGAGACUCCCCCAGACGCAAGCUGCUGCUCUCAGACAGAGAGAAGAGAGACUGAACUGAAAACACUUCAAUAUGCUUCUGAUCGUUCACAGAACACAGGCAGCUUCACGUCUUAAAACUGCUGGAUGAAGGUUCUGAAGUCUGUGACACUACGAAUUUUUCAUUGUGAAGGACUUGUGAUUCAUUCGACCUACUCCUUCCACACUGAGGUCAAAGGUCAGGGUCAGCUGUGGAACAGAAGCCAUAGGGCUGGUAGGAAUUCAGUGCCUUGCUCAAGGACGGAUGAGCAGAGUGAAUGAGUUGAGCCAUGGACACUUAUCCUCUUCAUCCUCAUGCUGCCAAAAACUGAUGUCUUAAAACUGGAAUUUGAUUUUGCACUAAUGCAUUGAGUGUGUGACGGUGAUAGUUGUGUACGUGAAGUUGUAUGCACUUAUGUAAUUGGCAGUUUUUGUUAUGUCCUGUUAAGUGUCCAGUGGCUGGUGGUUCUUCAAUCAUGUGUUGUUACUGUGAUUCAUGAAGUUUUUUAAUGAACUAAAUCAUUGAAAGAA